AUGCACGAGCAAGCUCUGGUAGCACUCCUGCUUCUGGAAUCGAUGACACCCGUCGUAGUAGGAGGGGGUCAAUCUAUUAUGCUUCUCCAAGAUUCAUUUAAUAUGGAAAUGGAGGUGAUAGACACAUACGCUAAGCCUGAAGAUCGGGAAAUCCUUGCAAAAGAGAUAAGUUUACGUUGGGCAAAAAUGUUGUUUUCUUCCCAAACGUUUUUCAACAGCUGGCGGCGUUUCUCCUCUAGCUCCGCAGCAUGCAAUUCCUUGGCCUGCGUAAGCGAAGCUUGUGAGCGCUCUUCAAGAAUUUCCCGUAGUAUGGCGUAUUUGUUGGGCCCAGGGGUGGAUAAAAAUAAUAUCAAUCCGUAA